AUGUUCGAUAUUCAUUCCGGAAUAAUUUGUAUUGCCGAACAUGCCUUAAAUGGUAAAUUAGCGAAAUUAGUUGCUACACAAUUAGAAUAUGAUUAUCAGCCUGAUAACGAACAUUUUUGCGGCAAAAAAGGGGAUGUUUUAUUAGCCGUGGUGGAUGGCAUGUUGACGGAGGGAUUAAUUAACUUUUUGCUUAAUUCUAUGGAAAAGGAUAAGUUUUUAGAGAUUGCGGCGUUGGCAGUUGACCCUGAUUUGGAAAAUAAAAAAUUUAAUAAUGUUAAAAUUGGCAAGGUACCGAAUAAUAUUUUACAGCAUUAUGCGAGGAUUUAA